AUGUUGCGUCAAUCUCGUCCUCGUUCAAGAAACCCUGUACGAUCACGGUCGCGGUCGCAUCCGCGAUCACGCUCGCGUUCUAAUCUUCGAAAACGACGUACCAGACGUAGAACUUAUACCCCGUCUAAAUCACCGACUACUAGCCGUGAUAGCAUCUUUAAUAAAACUUUAAAUUCGAUUCUUUCACGCUUAAAUACCCUCGAAAGUAAAUCGACAACUACCCCCCAUUUGAAUGUAUCUGGUAACGUUUCUACAUCGCCGGUAGAAGUAUCGAAUCCAGAUUGUAAUCAAAAUAUUGUAGAUGUUCUUAGUAAUAUUAUUACACCACGAAAUUAUUACGUGUCGAAUUUUGAUCCAGUUUUACAUGAUAUUAAUGCGUGGUUUGAAGAAGUAGAUCGAGCGAGAGUGAUCAAUCGUUGGGAUGAUAUGGAGUGUUUAUGUACGAGUGAUGAUAGAGAUGAUAGAGCGAUGAUACGAGUGGCUGGUUUUCUGAAAGCAGUAAUUCAGGGAGUUGCAAUAGAUGUUCUUAUUGAUAGUGGAGCUUUGGAAGUUUCCUUAAUCUCAUCCAACGUACUUAAAUAUUUGUCGUGUCAACCUAAACCUACUCAUGUGGCAAUUAAAGGCAUUAGUGAUCGAGAAAUAAUUAUUAAGCAAUAUGUCACACUUAAUAUAGAGUUUCGUAAUAUUACUGUUGAAGUAGACCUUUUAGUUAUCCCAUCUUCGUACAUGACCGCAUCUAUAAUAAUUGGCACUGAUGUGUUAAAUAGGGACGGUAUUGUCUUUGUGAGGACUAAAGAUCAACAAUAUUUAACACAUUCUUCUACUUGUUCAAAAAUAUGUUCUGUAGUAAAAGCGAAUACACAUACCGAAUUUAGCACACCCUUAGUAGGAGAAAAAUUAGAGAUAUUGAAAAAAGUAAUUAACGAGUUUUCUGAUCAUUUUAUUUCCGAGUGUGGUGAUGAUCUUGACCAAGAAGCAGGUCCUUCACAUGCUGCCAAAGAUGCGCACGAGGACGGCGCCACCUCAGGAAGGCCGUGU